AUGAAGUCUGCUAUCGCUUUCGUCAUGGUCCUUGCCGGCCUCGCUGUUGCCGCUGAGUCUGCUCCCAACAACACCCCCGACCUCGAGGCCCGCUUCUGCCCUGUUGGCAAGACCUGCGCUACUGAUAGAGAAUGCGGCUCGUGCCACUGCAACAACUGGAAGGGCAAGUGCGAGAACUAA